UGCUGUGCCAGGCUCGAGUGUAGUCUGUGCUACAGUUUACUUAGUUAAAGAAGACUUCUGGGCGUAGAGGAUUUUCUACUGUCACUACUCUACUGCUUAGUACAGGACUGCCACUAAAGAAGACUAGUCACAGACUGUCGUGGGGUGAGAGGGGCCCCGGAGCAGAGACCCUCUGGACUCAUUUACAGUCAAAUCCACCCCUGGCCCUCAUCUCUUUUCCCAUUGCUCCCCUGAAAAACCUAAACGUCCUCCUCAGAAGGACAUCAGCGACUCCCCUCCACCCCUCUACUCCCUCAUCCUCCUCCCCCUCUGCCUAGUUCCCAUGUUCCUCCUCCGGGGAGGUUGGAGAGCAGGGGGCACACACGUGGCCAGCUGCCCAGGCUCGGGGCCACGGUGACAGACAUGGGGCUCAAGAGGAGAAUGGGGCUGUGCUUCCUGGGUGUCAUCUCCCUGCUGGUCAUCUACAUGCUGUGUUUGAGCCUGGAGAUCACCGUCCCCUGGCGCAUGGUCAACCUGAACCUGUCACACUUCCCUGGUCUUGGGUACACACAGGAACCAAACAGGUCACAUGACUCUGAGGACUCUAUUGACGGCAACACACCGUCAGAUAGUUUGGACAGCCUACACAUUGGUUCAACACCAACAACACAUUUCAGGCUAAAGGUACAGUCCACAUCCCCUGUCGGAGUCAGACCCUCAAUGAAACCUGGAGCCAGGGUCAGGACUACCAAGGGUCAAAAUAUUAAAGGUGCUCUCCUCUCCAAUUCAACCAAACCAACAGAGCCACCUUUCAUUGGAGACAGUUACUACAGCGAAGUCGCCCCACCUCAAACCGACUGUCCAAAUAGUAUUCGUAGCAGGGUUCCCCUGACAGACUUUGGGGUGAGGUAUCUGGGCAGGAUCCCUGUCCUCCAGUGGGCCAAGCAUGCCACUCCAGAACAGUACCAGCGCCUCCAAGUGUACCCAGGGGCUCACGGCUGGGGAAACCUUGAUAUUGACACUCUGGUGUCGACCCUGUCUGUUCUCAACACAUCGGCCAACUGGCACAUGUUUGAUGACUGGGAUCGUCGUCGCAACGGCUCGCAGUGUGUCUGCUGUGCUGUCGUGGGCAACGGAGGGAUUCUGAAGGAUUCUAAGAAGGGCCGGGAGAUUGACCAACAUGACUAUGUCUUCAGGACCAACGGCGCUGUGAUUAAGGGCUUUGAGCAGGAUGUGGGCUCUAGAACAUCCCUCUACACGUUCUCCACCAACACCCUCCGUAACUCCAUGAAGAGCUACGCCGGAGCAGGCUACAGAGGACCCCCGCUCUCUGAGGAGACUAGGUAUGUCUUCCUGCCAGACCAUGACAGAGAUUACCUGCUGAUGAAAGCAGCCGCCACCCACACUCCAGUAGAGAGAGGGCCAGAGAAGAGCAAAACGCCACCCACAUACUUUGGAAAAAAUGUGAGUGUAGAAAAGUUCAAGAUGUACCAUCCAGAUUUCAUACGUUACAUCAGAAACAGGUUCCUCCGAGGCCAUGCCAUGCAGACCAAAUACAAAAACAUAUACCGUCCAUCAACAGGUGCUGUGAUGCUGCUGGCUGCUAUGCACACCUGUGACCAGGUGAGCGCAUAUGGCUUCAUGACUCCAGACUAUAAAAACUACUCUGACCACUACUAUGACAGCAGAUAUCACCCUGUGGGUUUCUUCAUCAACCAUGACCUGAAGAUGGAGAUGACACUGUGGCAGCAGCUCCACCAGGCAGGACUCAUCACGCUCUACAUGCACCAGUGAUCUCAGGAACUAACUCACCCCAGGUCACUAUGGCAACGACCACAUUCAUGACAUACGUCUAUGGUAAUGACUCCGUCUCCACCACUGGCUCCCAAGGUUUGCCAACCCCCAGUAAACUAACUUAGUGUUAGUUGCAACUACAAGAUUUAUAGAAAAAUUACUCCACGUCUGACUUCGUCAUCGCCUGCCAUGUUGGAGGUUAGCCAAUACUUCUGAGAAAAUGGUCUCCGUGGAGAUGGGCUUAGCCUAUCCUCUUGAGAAGUCUCUAAAAGGGUGGAGGCAGGUUGCCAGUCAUAGACUGUUGCUGACACUUGCUGAGUUACCAGGAAAACUGACAGAUUCUUUUCAUUCUGGGAAAAGAUAGUUUUGGACUGUGCAGCUGAAGAUUUUAUCAAUGGCCCUGAUUUUGGACAUAUUUUACCAAAUAAUAUUUAUUAGCCUUUUAAUUUUUUUGUUGUUUAAUAUUACCCCCUUUUCUCCCCAAUUCCAUGGUAUCCAAUUGUUAGUAGUUUCUAUCUUCUCUCAUCGCUACAACUCCCAUACAGGCUCGGGAGAGACGAAGGUCGAAAGCCAUGCGUCCUCCAAAACUCAACCCAACCAAGCCGCACUGCUUCUUAACACAGCGCUCAUCCAACCCGGGAGUCAGCCGCACCAAUGUGUCGGAGGAAACACUGUGCACCUCGCGACCUGGUUAGUGUGCACUACACCCAGCCCGCCACAGGAGUAGAGACAAGGAAAUCCCUACCGUCCAAACUCUCCCUAACCCAGACGACGCUAGGCCAAUUUUGCGUCGCCCCACGGACCUCCCGGUUGCGGCCAGCUGCGACAGAGCCUGGGUGCGAACCCAGAGUCUCUGGUGGAACAGCCCUAGACCACUGCGACACCCGCGAGGCCCCUUUUAUUAGCCUUUACUAUCUUAAGACCUUUUUUAGUAUUUUUAAACCAUUUCAGACAAUCAGCUUUUGUGGGUCUUAGUCAGACAUAUGUUUCAAAGAUCAUACCCCCAAGACAUGCUAACCUCCCCUGUUAUUGGUAAUGGUUAGAGGUUAGAUCAUACCCCCAAGACAUGCUAACCUCCCCUGUUAUUGGUAAUGGUUAGAGGUUAGAUCAUACCCCCAAGACAUGCUAACUUCUUCUGUUAUUGGUAAUGGUGAGAGGUUAGCAUGUAUGAUCUGUGACCCUCCCUCUACCUUUCUCACUCAUCAUUAUUCACAAUCCAUUCAGGAUUUUCUGUAAUCAUGGUAGCACCCACAUGAAUGUAGAAGUGUUUAGAAACAUAUGCUAUUCUUAUUUAUAAUAAAAGUGACUCUAUUGGGCACAAAAUAAUCUGAAACACUACUAAACUAACUGCAAAUGCAUCCAACAAGUUUGUAGAGUCACAAGCUUGAUGUCGUCAUGGGAACAAAUAUUAAACUUUUACCACUUUAUUUAUAAUAAUCUUUAGAGUUGUCAAUAAUUUUUACCACUACCUUUUUGAGAGAUAAAAAGUAUUACUUGUUAAACAAAAUCUGAGCAAUUGUAAAUAUAAAAUAUAAUUCCCCCAUUUUUUUGCAUUCAUUAUAGAUCCGUAUUUUUAUUAUUUAUUUUACACAGUUGUUAUUGCUCAUCUUUUUUUAAGGGUGUCAGUAAUUUCAGACCCCACUGUAUGUUGACAAGAGAUAGGGCUGUUGCUGCUGGGCGGGCCACCUACUUAAAAUACCCUCUACCCUCCCUCACUGCCCUAAAUUAUUUCGUGCAGCACUGCCGGCAGUAGUCAUGGUCUAUUCUGAUAAUUAGUCAGAUUAUUUUGACAUGAUAUUACUAUGUUUCUGUGUGGAGUCAGUGUAGUAGUGGGUCAAAAGACAACUCAAGUGUUUGACCAAAGCAGAGUUAAGGGGAGAAGAUUUUAAAAAAUGUAAGCCAACAUUUUUAUUUUUUAUGAAAUAUGUUUUUAAAAUGUAUUUUACUUUCAUACAUGUUUCCUUAUUAAUAUGAGAGAGCAAUGCUACAUAGACAAGAACUGUAUUUUUUUUCAAACUACCACCAGUGUGUUCCUUAAUGUGAAUCUCAAUCUUUUGUCUGCAAAAUAAGUUGUUGUUGGGGUAACUGGGGAAACUAUUUGAAGUGAAGGAAGAUGUUUCCACAACAACUCCAAAAGGACACUUUGUCAGUGGCCUUUCUCCUCGGGCACUCGCUCCCAGAACAUGAAUGGAUGUUUCCAAGGAUCUCCUGGAGAAUUGGAGUAUGUGUGGCUGGACUAGACAAUAGAGCACCUGGACUCUUCUCAAAGCUAGCUCAGGGCUGGAUUCGUUAGGCACCAACCAGAAGAAAAUUGACUGAAAAAAGGAAGGACUACUUCAACUCCUCCAAUAAGAAACAUUUCUUUUAGUUUUCCGUUGCAAAGCAUUUUGCUAUGCUGUACCCUAAUGAGCAUGCCCCAGAAUGAAUAGUGACAAUAGUCACAGAAGUAUCAUUGUUUCUGCUGAAUAUUGAUGCCUGAUGAAUGAGGUCAUUCAGGACCUGAGAAGAACAUUAGAUUAAUCUGGUCACUGUGACCAAAGAUAUUGAUCUCUGACUGAGACUUUGCAUGGUCACCUCCACAUGGGAAGUGGACAUGCAUGUGGAAAAUGGUAACACCUACCAAGGCUCACUCAAAAUGUGCACAAACUAUAUGUGGAGCAGGGUAAAGAAACCAAAGACCCUACAACAGAAUCAAUGAAUUAGCUUAUUUGACAUGUUUGUUGUAUGUCUUUUUAGAAUAACAAUCCUUUAACAAUGACAUUAAAUGUUUCCGGCUUUCCUCUACGGAAGACUCACAUCAGACACAAGUUUUUAAUGUGUACAGAAGAUGUGGUAAACUUGUUUGUUGUUGAUGGAGUUAACAGGGGGAAUUGGAUUGAGGGAGUUCCUCCAUAACGCCACUUUUAGCGUGGACGUGUUUAAUGUAAUAGAAAUCUCUAAAGAAAUUGAGAAUUAAAGUUUGUCUUGUAUUUCUA